AUGUUUGGGUGUUUGUUUCCCCGCAACUUAAAAUUCAGCACCUAUUUAAACGGGGUGACGGAUGUGGAAGUCCAAGUCUGCGUGGAUGUCAAAAAGGAAGAAAAGCACAGCAAAAAGGUGGUAGCAGCAAAGAAGAAGCAAACCGGCACCUGGUCCGUUUGUCGGUGGCUCCUUUCUCGUUGUCAUGGUGGCAGACAUUACCGAUGGCGUCGACAACAUCCACGCACAUUUCAGAGUUGCUGUAGUCGAGAGAGUGGAAAAUUUCUCACCACUCUCUACUGCCUUGUAAAGUGCCUCUACGUGGUGAAUGCGGUGGGUCAGAUCUACCUGAUGGAGCGUUUUGUUGGUGCACGAGUCACCUUCUACGGCGCUGCGGUGUUGGCUGAUCUUGUGCGUGGUCGAGAUUGGCAACAAUCGGGUCACUUUCCUCGUGUGACCUUCUGUGAUAUGGAAGCCAAAAAACUCGGAAAAAAUCACGUGUUAAUGGAGCACUUUAAGCUGUGUUUAGAACCGCAGCAGAUCCUCACUUGUAUCGUGUCAUCCGCAGCGAAGGUAUGGUGUCAGCGCCUGAAGGAGUGCAACAUUUCUGACGCGCCUGACCACUUCAUUCCACGUCAUAGCGCUCCACUGCGGUCCUAUCCUGACAGGGCCCUAAGAAGUUCCAGUGGUGAGCGUGAUCGAACCACUGCCUUUUGCCAUCGCACGAAUCAUAGCCUUUGGAUGGAUUUGCCACCUCUUCUGAGUCUACUUCAAGAGGAGCCGGACCACAGUGAGCUCCUCAGCACUCCUCCCCGGGAACCUCGAACUCGAGCAGACAAAAUCACAAGCCCUUUCCUUUGUUCCACUUUCAGGUACACCAUCCAGUGCGUUCUCCCAAUCAACAUGUUCCUUGAGAAGAUUUACAUCUUUCUGUGGUUCUGGCACAUCAUGCUCACAGUCAUAACCAUAGCCUCUCUCUUCGGUUGGCUGCGACGCCUCUUUUGGCGUCGUUCGAGGCUCAAAUUUGUGCGACAUUACCUCAAAGUAGUGAGCGCCUUGCCCCCCAUCCUGGAUCCGCGUGAUCGUCAAAGAACGCGACAGUUUGUGGAGGAGUACCUCACCGCAGACGCCUUCUUCCUUAUUCGCCUAAUCGGUGCCAACAGUGGUGACCUUCUGGCCAGUGAAUUGACUAAUGAACUUUGGAUGGGAUUCAUUGGUCGUGCUACCGUUGCUCCGUCUCUUUCUGUACUUCCUCUAUCCUCCACAACACCCGCUCGUCUUUGUCCCAAACAUGCUGCCUGCUCCUGCAAUUAUUGUUAUCUGGGUGAAAAAUCAAAGUCCUACGGUUUUAACGAAGGAUCAAAGUCAGAGGGUCGAACAUUUGGCGUGAAGUACUACCCGGGAGAUAAGAGCACCUCACGACACAAAAUUAGUCCCAACAUUCUCCAUCACUUGCAAAUCUGUCCCUCAUACACUGACUCCCGACGGUGUCCAUGUGAGACCACCGAAACCCCCGAAACGGUAGCCGUGGAGACCGAAAAAUCACUACCCCGUAAAAUUCCCACCGAGAGCAAUAGUGCCAAUCACAACGCCCCCGAGGAUAUUGUAUAG